UUACCACACGUUUUCAUCUUCUAUUAGCAUUUUUAAAAGCUGGAUUAUGAGCUAUGAUGAGAACAACUAAUCCUGUGCUUUUACCUUCAGAAAUCUGAAAGUUUGAAAAAGGGAGAGGAAGCCACAGCUGGUUACUUCUUGGGCUCCUACCAACACAGCAGGAUGGAACUUCUCCUGGCCAUUUUUCUCGCUGUUUUCACUGGUAUUGUGGCAAUUGCUUUCUAUUAUGAACACCCAAAAGCAGAAAUUCCUCAUGGAAUCAGUGAGCGCCAAAAGCUUUAUGUUCUUCAUUACAUCAUGAACUUUGGAUUUGGUCUGGCAGCAUUUUUGGAAAAAGUAGGUAUCAUCUCAGAGGUCCAUCUCCUCAGGGUUAUAAUGGAGACAGUACCACCAUUAAAGGAUCCACAUCUUCUUAUCAAGGACUCAAGCUUUGAAAGGGUUAAAGUGAGAAUUUACCACCCAAAAACAUCAAACAAUAGCCAAAGAAGGGGAAUCCUUUAUUUUCAUGGAGGAGUUGGCCGGUUUGGAAGUAUCCAGGCCUAUGAAAGAACGUGCCGCUAUUUCUGCAGGAACACCAACUCAGUGGUGGUGAGUGUUGGGUAUCGUUUAGCUCCUGAGUACCCAUUUCCAACCCAGUUUGAGGACUGUCUCACUGCUGCCGUGCACUUCCUGAGGACUGCACAAGACCAUGGAGUCGACCCUUCCCGUGUUGUCAUCUGUGGAGACAGCAGUGGAGGGACACUCACUGCUGCUGUUGCCCAGGCACUGGUGAACAGAAGAGACCUCCCAAAGCUGAGAGCACAAAUCCUAAUAUAUCCUUUUCUGCAGUGUGUGGAUUUAGAUUUGCCUUCUUAUCAGCAGAAUGACAAAAUCCCCAUUUUGCUAAAGGAACGAGCCCUUGUUCUUGGCUUGAAGUACAUUAAUAAGGACUUGAACGCCAUCCAAGAAUUAUUUAAAGGCUGCCAUGUUUCAGAAGAUUUGAGACUGAAAUAUCAGAAAUGGGUGAGCCCUGACUUCAUCCCUCAUGAGUUUAAAACAAGAGGUUACAAACCAAGCCAAAGAUAUCUACCCUUAAAAGAAAUGUGUGAACAGGCCGAGACCAUGUUUGACCCUGUUUUUUCACCACUGUUGGCUGAAGACAGUGUUGUUGCUCAGCUUCCUGAGACUUUCAUUUUGACCUGUGAAUUUGAUGUGCUUAGAGACGAUGGACUGCUGUACAAGAAACGAUUAGAGGACCAUGGUAUAAAAGUGACCUGGUGCCAUCUGCAGGAGGGAUUCCAUGGAGCAGUGUUCUUAGCACUUCUUGGUAUUUUUGGAUUCCGCUCUGGAACUAAAGGCCUGGAAAAGAUAGUAAAUUUUCUAAGACUGAUGUAAGAAUCCAUUUCUUGCUUUCUUUUCCUGAUUCCUAUCUCUUUUUGCCUACAAACUUAUUUUUAAAAAUCCUUUAUUUUCCUUUCCUUAAGUCAUCAUGUAAAUUUCUGCAUUGCAUCUGUCUUCUUUUUAGCCACUAAGUUGAUUGCAUGAUGGCCUUUGCUUAAUUUUCUCUCAGAAGAGGCAAAAUCAGGUGAAUUUACAUUUCUUUAUCAGCUCUUCAGUUUUCUUUUGUAGCCAUUACAGAUCUCAUCCUUAUAGCAUGGGCUUUGCAAUGUGGUCUGGUUCAGUAAAGUUUUGGUGCUAUUAGAACACAAACCACAUUUAAAAACAACCUGGGGCAGGUAACAAGGUGUGAAUCUUCAGGAUCUGUGUAUAAAGUGUAUUUCAUGGUCAAAGACUUAGGAAAUCCUGUAUCUGGUGAGAGCUGAAUUUGAGACAAACUUAAAGAGAACUGAAUGUAGCAGGAAGAAUGUGAACAUAAACAGAAAUGAAAGAAGGGGAAGAGGAGAAGAGAGGGAAAGAGCAGGCCUGGAACUACAGAUGUUAUAACAAGUAUUAGUUAAAGGAAAACAGCAUCUAUUAAAAAACCCAUGCAUAUAUAUUUUAUUUACAGAGAAUAGAUACAUGGGAAUAUAAAGUAAUAUCAGUUCCUUUACAAAGUGUAGACCUGCACUGCCUAAUUCAGGAAGGACUCUCCCUUUGAGGGACAGUGUCAAGUGCCAUUGGAGAGAAAGGAGAAUGACUGAGGGGUUUUUUUAAUAAAAUAAAAUAUCAAAGUUCAGGUCAAACUGUUUACAAAAGAGAUGAAUGAUCAAGGAAACUAAUGCAAAAUAAAAUGGCAUAACAAAAGUGUAAAGCUCUUUUCUCAGAAAUUAACUCAAGUAUUGCCAGAAAUGUCAGUAAAUGCUUUAAUUCCACCAUUCUGAGGUGAAUGUAUAACUGUAGAACAGUGUAAU